AUAUUCCACCCACGGAGUACGGAGCUAGCCAGUCGGGUCUCGGGUCGCCCACUUCCUAUCUGAUAUAUUGUUGAAACGCGGCUUCACUGAUGUCUCGUCCCUUUCUCGUUGUUAUCGAUAAAAAGCCUGUGGAUUCCAUUUAUAAUAUAAUAUAAUUUUGUACAUUCUUUUGGUGGGAUCAAAGCAAACUUAUGACGUAUCAUAAAAAACCAAGAAAAACACGAUAGUAUACCGUGACAAUUAUUGUAUCGACAUUGCGUUGUUUGUCAAGUGUGAUUGCAUUAUGUACAUGUAGUGCUCUUGGUUCGGUUCAAUUGAUAUUUAUAUAGUGCUGGUGAAACGUGAACGUGUUCAUCGCGUCGAUACGAGCGUGACUCACGCGAAAAAACAUCAGGACCUGGUACUGUCAAAAUAUUUUCGACGGCACAGAUGUGAUAGAAGUGUGCUACGCGAUUAUUCGAAAUGAAUUGCGCGAGACUCGGACUCUUUCUUGUAACUACAAUUCUUUAUUCUUUCGUUCGAGUUGAAGGGUUCAGUGGAUAUGUAACCCUAACUAAUGACGGACCAAGCGUCCAAGGCGGGAGAAUCGUUUUUAGAGCUGAUCUUUACGAAAGCGACGGUAGUCGGCCAUCAGGAACAUAUUUCUACGAAUGGAGAGACAAUGCAUUUGCAUCCGUCCCAUAUGAGUCACCAGCAACUUCAAAUACUACAUCUUACUGGGUGGUCGAUUAUCCUCCGGACAGAUAUCCUGUAGGAAUUUACGAAGUGCAAGUGGUUGUCAGUAGAAAAAUAUUUAUUGUUUGGAGUCCCAUAACCAGCCGUCGAGCUGAUUUUCAAAUUACAACUCUUUUGAAUGGAAACAUGAGUAUGGCUCAAGGUAACAAAACUUUGACCAAAGAAUUCGUAGCAUCCGGUCUGAAUACGAAAAUAAAUGUAACAUUACGAGACGGCGACAAUUUUUAUGUUAAAAACAACUUGAGUAAAGCGUCGACCUAUUGGUUUGUGGAUUGUAAAUACUAUGGUAUGACCGAGGAUUUCAGUUUCGAUUACAAAUUCACGAAACCUGAUGAAGUUUACACGGUCGAAGCGCUCGUAAUCGCGUCUCACGAAGAGCCUACGACUACUACUGUCGCACCAACGACAACAACGACGACAACAACACUACCACCAACAAAAACUACAACAGUGGUACCGAUAACAAUAUCAGCUAAGACCCCAACACCAAAGAAUACAACAAUGGCUGCACCAACGCUUAAUACGAUAACCAGUAAAUUGUCAAGCACAAGUUUUGUAAAUUCUACAAUUGCUCUGCCGUCGACUCUUUCGUCAACGCAGACAUCAAGCUUCAUUGAAACUACUAUUGGGCCAACAGUUGCUCCAAAAAAUGUCAAAACAACCACAGUGCCGAACGUGACGACUCAUGAAAACGGUGAACUAUUCGGGAACGUCACAUUUCCUUUUGUAUGCUUGAAUUCAUCCAUCAUACCGCCUGACCCGAAAAAAACGUACGGCUACUUUCACCGACAAGUCAAAGUGAGAGCGCCUAUAACCAACAUUACGGUCGACGGCACAAACUGGAUACAACCUUGGGAUAUGCUUUCGUUGAAAGUAGCCUGUCACGGUUCAGGACCCUUCACCAGGUGCCUGAAUUUUCAUCGGGGACAAUACAAUGUAACCGGAAAUGAAACUUGCAAGGAGGGCAUUUUUUUACCAACCUGCAAUUUUUCAAUUGUCCAUUAUUUUCUGGAGCCAAGCGUUUACACGAUAGUCGUUAUACUGGAUAACGAAGUCAGCAAACAGGUUUAUCCUGUAACCAUUAACAUUUAUAACGUGAAAACUCAGCCACAAUUGUCGGUUAUUGUGGUACCGGUUUCCUGUUCUCUCGUUGCCGUCGUUCUCAUCAUAUUUGGUGUCGCGUAUUACAUCCAGAGCCGAGCGAGAUUCACUAUCGAAGUUGCGGACUUCGAUUUUGGCCAAAAUAAUCCUGAAAUGGAGUACAAAACAUUCACAGAACGUCUCCGAGACUCGUUCAAUAACACUGUAAGAAACGGCAAAAGGAUUAUCGUACGGAAGCCUUACUAUGGAAGCAUGAACGACCAGCGUAUACCAAUUGUUCAUUCUGAUAAACCGAACAACCAUUUUUGAACUUCUGAACGGAUACAAGCAGUUGAAUAAUCCUGGAGGCUCCACGGGUGGAGAACAAUGGACGGGCGUUCGUGAAUCUGGGAAUAGGCUGGAUCCAUGAAAGCACCAAAUCGAUAAGAACCAGUGUCAAAAAGGGCGUUGAGAUCAAUCUGUCCUGAAACUACAGUCAAAUAUUUACAACGUAACUUUCACGGACGAAGUAUAUAUCAAGAUAAUUGUGUAUAAGAAUGGAUAAAAUACGAUGAAAGAGAGGGGAUCCCUCAGUGUUGGAUCACGCUCACUUAGUAUUUGCAGAUGAAAUUUUAAGAUGAAAAGUAUAAACGUGUAAUGAUCGGGAAUUUUUCGCUUCCCGAGUUUGUUUUGAAAGCAAACAUCAAAGCUAACACACGAAACACACAGAAAACAACACAAACAAAAUAUAAACUCCUCAUUCCGUCAUAUAUCGAGAGAAAUUUAAUAAAUAUUGUACAUAGUACAUUUUUUUAUAGGCUGUGAAAGUAAAUAACGCAACGAUAUAGAAACGGCUAUGGAAUGAAAUACGCGUACCUUUGUUACUGGGACAAUGCGCUCCCUCAAGUCGCUUUUAUCCUUAUAAAAUAUUUUUGUUUUUCUCUCCAUUUAAGCCACUAUCCAGUUACAUACAUUUACAAAUGUUGUUAAAUAAUUUACGGAUAAUGAGAUAAAUCGAUAAACUAAGCGGAUGCUUGGAUCAAUAUAUUAUAUUAAUAUUAUAUUCAAUCAGGUCAAUAAUUAUAAUGUAAAUAUGAGAUGCUGAAUGUUGGACUCGGGUAUGAAUAUACAUGAUACUAUACCAAUUCA